CGACAGGUAGCGGCCUCUACACGUACGGGCCGUGUCGACCGCUCGCCUCGCUACACGAGUCUUCGCACCGAAUUUAUUAAGAAAAUAAGAAAUUUCACACGACUUUUAAAAGAAUGGCUGGAUUGAUGAAGAGCUUACGCCUGGUGAGCCGGCAAGCCAGCUUCCUGCGGACGUACGCGACACGGCCGACAACGUUCGCCGUCACGAAGUUCGUACGACGAAACCAGCUCGAGGCUCAGAUCCUCGCACCUAGCACGAUGCAAUAUCGCAUGUAUUCGCCCGAAGUAAUAAAAACGAAAUUGACCGAGGGCGAAAUCAAAGACCGCGUCCUGAAAAGCGUCCUGCUGUCACCCCUAGAGCGAUGUUAUAGUUCCAAGCCGCCGCUUAGUCUAAAACUGAUUACUGACCGGGUGCUGCUCGUGCUGAAGCUUUACGACAAAGUUGACCCCGGCAAGCUGUCGCUUGACUCGCACUUCAUCAACGACCUGGGCCUUGAUUCACUGGACCACGUUGAGGUAAUCAUGGCCAUGGAGGAUGAGUUUGGUUUUGAAAUCCCGGAUGCCGACGCCGAGAAGCUGCUGAAGCCCGGCGACAUUGUCAGAUACGUUGCUGACAAGGAGGAUAUCUAUCAUUAAGCGUAGUGUGUACGUAGGUUUAGUUGUAAUAUUGUGACAUGGCGAUUUCAAUAUUUCAAUCUUUGUACAUUACGUGCUAGCGAUCCCAUCGAGCUGCCGGACGCCCGCAAGUGUAGCUACUAUUAAUUGUGAACAUUUCCAUCUAUUUGAUGAAUUGGUUGAAUAAAAUAUAUGCAUUGUGCUGGUCUACCAAAAGAAAAACACGAAAUGCAUUCGCGAGUGCUUUAUUCACGUUUGCAUGAAAGUUGAGGGUUUUUGUCGUCGGUGGUUGAUUGUACAUGCAAAUAAAUAUAAUUUCGUAGUUUA